UUUAGCAGGAUAUGCCUUUAGUUUAAAUGAAGAAUGUCUCUCAACUCACCUGUAUUUCUCGAAGAAAGUGAAGAAAGUAAUUCAAAAUUUGUGGAAACAAAACAGUCACAGACUACUUCCAUAGCUUCAGAAGAUCCCCUUCAGAACUUAUGUUUAGCAUCUCAAGAAGUUCUUCAUAAAGCUCAACAAACUGGGAGAUCAAAGUGUCUACGAUGUGGUGGUUCCAGAAUGUUUUACUGCUAUACAUGUUAUGUCCCAGUUGAAAAUGUACCUAUUGAACAGAUUCCACUUGUGAAGCUUCCAUUGAAGAUCGACAUCAUUAAACAUCCAAAUGAAACAGAUGGCAAAAGUACUGCUAUACAUGCAAAACUCUUAGCACCUGAUUUAGUGAACAUUUAUACAUAUCCUUGUAUUCCAGAAUAUGAAGAACAGGAUUAUGAAGUUGCGCUUAUUUUUCCUGGACCUCAGUCUGUCUCCAUAAAAGAUAUCUCUUUCCAUCUACAAAAACGAAUGCAAGAUAAUAUUAGAGACAAAAGUGAUGACCCUGACAAGCCAACUGUUAAACGUAAAAAAACUGAAGAAAUGGAGGACCUUGAUUUGAUUGGCAGCAAGGGCAAAGGCACAAUACUGAAAAAAAUUAUUUUUAUAGAUAGCACUUGGAACCAGACAAACAAAAUAUUCACUGAUGAGAGACUUCAAGGAUUGUUACAAGUUGAGUUGAAAACAAGAAAAACUUGCUUUUGGCGCCAUCAAAAAGGAAAGCCAGACACUUUCCUUUCCACAAUUGAAGCAAUUUACUACUUUCUUGUGGACUACCAUACUGAAAUACUAAAAGAGAAAUACACAGGACAAUAUGACAAUCUUUUAUUUUUCUACUCCUUUAUGUACAGGCUGAUAAAGGAUGCCAAAUGCUCUGGAGAUAAAGAAAAAAGAAAGCUUAUCCAUUAGUUUUUACUAAUCCACCUGUGUCAUUUUAUUUUGCUGAAAUUAAUAAACUUACAG